CUGAAACUGGCGCCUUAGACCAACUCGGCCAUCUUGACGUUUGCGUGUUCGGGAUGUUGUCACUCUUUUAUUAAUUAUAUCUCCCGCGCUUUAUAAUUCUUUCUGCAUCUUCGAUGGAUUAAGAAUGAAUUCACUGGUCAGUCAAGGUAUUCCAAGUAAAGUUUUCUCUGUUGGUCGCAAAUUCAUAUUCUCUCUCGCCGUUGCUGAAAAUUCAUCGAAUAAUAUCGUUAAAAAUGAGCAAAAUCUCACUCCUUUUGACCCUUUUCAGUUCGUUAAUGAUUGCACAAAAACGAUGCAUUAUACGCUCAGAAAUGCCAAAUCAUUACAUGCUUGUUUACUCAAAGGAGCUGACUUGCAAUCAGAUAUGUUUUAUACAAAUUAUUUACUGGAUUGGUACUUUAAAUCUGCUUCAGUUGUCGAUGCAGGCAAACUGUUUGAUACAAUUUCUCAACCAAAUGUUAUAUCUUGGAACACCACGAUUUCUGGUUACAAUCGAAACAAUUUGUUUGGACAUUCAUGGAGUGUUUUUAGCAAGAUGCGGCUUUUGGGUUUUGAGCCUAAUGAGUUCACCUACGGAAGUGUUCUUUCAGCUUGUACUGCUUUGAAGUGUCCUGUUCUUGGUAAGCUUGUUUACUCACUUUCUCUGAAAAACGGGUUUUAUUCAAAUGAUUAUGUUCGGUCUGGAAUGAUAGAUUUGUUUGCAAAGAACUCCAGCUUUGAAGAUGCUUUAAUGGUGUUUUGUGAUGUCUCUUCAUGUGACAAUGUGGUUUGCUGGAAUGCUAUUAUGUCUGGAGCUGUUAGGAAUGGAGAGAAUUGGGUUGCAAUAAAUCUUUUUCAUGAGAUGCAUAGUAGGUUUAUCCCACCUAAUAGUUUUACAUUUUCUAGUAUUUUGACUGCUUGUGCCACACUUGAAGAGCUUGAGACUGGAAAAGGUGUUCAAGGAUUGGUCAUCAAAUGCUCAGCUAGAGAUAUCUUUGUGGGGACUGCUAUUGUUGAUUUAUAUGCAAAACGUGGAGAAAUGAAUGAAGCUGCAAAGGAAUUUGCCCGGCUUCCUGACCGCAAUGUAGUUUCUUGGACUGCUCUUAUAUCUGGUUUUGUAAAGAAGGAUGAUUCAACCACUGCCCUCAAAACUUUCAAAGAAAUGAGAAAGUUAAGGGUGGAAAUAAACGACUAUACUGUGACUAGCGUAAUCAGUGCUUGUUCUAACCCACAUACGUUCUAUGAGGCAAUUCAACUCCAUUCCUGGAUUUUGAAAACUGGGGUUUAUACAGAUUCUGUAGUAGCUGCUGCCUUGAUUAAUAUGUAUUCAAAAAUAGGAGUUAUUGAUUUCUCUGAGAUGGUGUUUAAAGAUGUUGAGCAUUUGCAGCAUCCAGAUACAUGGGCUGUGAUGCUAUCUUCUUUUGUUCAGAGUCAUAGAUUUCAAAGCGCAGUUGAAUUAUUUCAAAGAAUGCUUCAGAAGGGUCUGAGCCCUUAUAUGUUCUGUAUUUCUAGCUUCUUAAGCAUUAUAGACUGUUCGAAUUUGGGAAGACAAAUCCACAGUUAUGCUCUUAAAACUGGUUUUCACAUGAAUCUUUCUGUUAAUAGUGCUCUUUUCACUAUGUACUCUAAAUGUGGUAGCUUAGAGGACUCUUAUAAAGUGUUUGAGCAGAUUUCUGCUGUAGACAGAGACAAUGUGUCAUGGACCUCAAUGAUUGCUGGCUUUGCAGAACAUGGCUGUGCAUACCGAGCUCUUCAAUUGUUUAGUGACAUGUUGUGUGAGGGAACAAACCCUGACCAAACAACUCUGACAGCUGUGCUUACUGCAAGUUCUGCUCUUCAAUCUUUACAAAAAGGUAAGGAAAUACAUGCAUAUGCUCUUCAUGCAGGAAUUGCUGAAGAAGAUGAAGUUGGUUCUGCACUUGUCAAUAUGUACUCAAAAUGCAAUGACCUGGAAUUGGCAAGGAAGAUGUUUGAUAUGCUUCCUGAAAAAAAUAAGGUUGCCUGCUCUUCUUUGGUUUCGGGGUAUGCUAAAAGUGGAUUAGUCAAAGAGGCUGUCUUGCUGUUCCAUGAGAUGCUGUUGUCUGAAUUGGCUGUAGAUUCUUUCAUAUUUUCAUCUCUUCUUGGGGCCGUUGCACUUUCAAAUAGAUCAGGCGUUGGGAUUCAAAUUCAUGCACACAUCAUAAAGAUGGGCUUAGAUACAGAAGCUUCUGUCGGAAGUUCGCUUGCUACGAUGUAUUCUAAAUGUGGAAGCAUUGAAUAUUGUCAUAGAGCAUUUGGUCAGAUUGAUGAACCUGAUUUGGUAGCUUGGACAGCAAUUAUUGCUAGCUAUGCUGAGCAUGGAAAAGGUGUGGAAGCUUUAAGAGUUUACGAUCUUAUGAGGAAAGAUGGAAUCAGACCUGAUUCGGUGACUUUUGUUGGGGUUUUAUCUGCUUGCAGCCAUAGUGGUUUGGUUGAAGCAGGAUAUUCCCAUCUUAAUUCAAUGAGUAAAGACUAUGGAAUCGAGCCUAGCUACCGGCACUAUGCCUGUAUGGUUGAUCUUCUUGGUCGUUCAGGGAGAUUGAAAGAGGCUGAAAAUUUUAUAAGGAAUAUGCCUAUUGAACCUAAUGCUUUGGUCUGGGGAACGCUGCUUGCUGCUUGUAAAGUGCAUGGGGAUGCUGAGCUUGGAAAACUAGCCGCAGAAAAAGUUAUUGAGCUGGAGCCAUGUGAGGCUGGAGCUUAUGUCUCGUUGUCAAACAUAUAUGCAAAUAUAGGCAAGUGGGAGGAUGUUAAGGAGAUCAGAGACAGGAUGAAGGGAGGUGGGCUUAAGAAAGAACCUGGUUGGAGUUUUGUGUAAAAUAUUGGGGAGCUUAACUUAUUGUUUCCUAAUCCAGACAAAGCCCCAUGAAAUUUACCUUGGUGCUGCAAACGUGUAUAUGAAGAAAUAUUUGGUAGACAUUAAUGAUUCCAGUUCUUAGCA